AUGAGCAGACUUUCUCUCGAGUCGGAUUCUGACAGCAUUCGGGAGCAUUCCUGGGUGCCAUCACAACGCUCCAGUCCAUCCGAGUGGCAGCAAGAUCCAAGCGACUGGGAGAGUGGUGAGGACGAUGACGAGGAGGAGGACACAGACAUCGUGACUUCUCCAUCCGGCUUCCGCUACAACAUCUCGCGGCUUUCUCCAAGGACCAAGAAGGUGGUCAAGAGCCUAUUCAGAGAAUCCCCCUCACGAGACCCCCCGCAAAUCUCUCUCGAGCUCUGCGGCAUCCGACAAGAAGACCCACACGGCAACGGCUACUUUUACGCCUUCCAACUACACGAAACAGUGCCUUGUUCCGUCCGCAUCGGUGCUAAAAGCAGUGGGCGCUUUGCGAUCCCCCGUUGCGAGUGUCCCGACGCGCGUUAUCGGCGCGUCCGGCCCUGUAAACACCUCAUCUGGCUGUUUGACCGUAUCGCCAAACAGACCCUCUUCGAUCAUGACCCAGACUCAGAGCUCACUCUGACCGAGUACGGCUACCCACAAGAGCUGGGCGACCCUUUCGAUCAGAUCUCCCAGCUCCGUCUCGACGUGCUCGCCGAUGCCCUGCGCUGCAACAUCUCGGACCCAGACAGCGACUCCUCUCCGCCUAGCCUGUCCCGCCUCCGCGAAGCUGCCGACAUUGUCGCCUCCUUAGCUGGCAUCCCCCCUCACGAGGUGCCUACCCCCCAACCCCCUCCCUCUUCCGACAGGUCCCUCAUCCACCGCGGCGACCUCGCCUCGACCCUUAUCUCCCUCCUCCUAGCAUCCCACUCCCUAACCGAAUGGCUCCGCUCAGCUCUCGACCCCCUUCUCGACCCAGCCGUAGACCCCUUCCGCCAAAUCCAGCACCGCGUGGACCGCGUCCUAUUCGAACUAUCCUCUUACCCAUCAUCAUCCCAGCGCAACCCUCUUAAACAAGCCGAAGGCCCUCGCAACGCCCCCUGGGCAGCAACUCAAAUCCAGCGCUGCGUCAAACGCAUUGAGACACUCCUCACUCGCUCGACAGCCCCGUUACCCCCCGUCUCACGAGCGUCAGCCGCCCAGGCGUUGGUGCAUAUCCUUCGCAGUGUGGCGACGCACUCAGACCCGGAGUUAUACCGUCUCCUGAUCGGCGAUGCAAAGGAUACAAGUUUCGCCGUGAACGCGCUUGCACUUUUGCCUGAGCAAAGCCAGUUCGCCGAGGACCUAGCCGGGGUCAUGGAGGUUAUCGGUAAGCGCGGGGCAGGGGGAAAGUGGGCUGAAGAAAUGAGCGCUCUGGUCGCGAGGAUGAGGCGGUACCGGCCUCCGGAGCCCGAGCCGGGGACAGUCGGGUCAGCCAGCACGGUCAGCGCCCCAUCCAUGGGUCAAACUCCGCCCUUGAACAUCUCUCCGACCGCUCAGUCAUCCCCAGCACCCGUCCAACUUACCCCCUCAGCCUCCUCCACCCAACCACAACUCCAUCCCCACCCUUCACAGCCCCAAAAGAAGCCCUCCCCCCCACCUAAAUUCACCACCCGUACCUCAACCUCCUCUUCCUCCGGAGGGAACUUCCACUUCCUAGCCCCCAUAACCCCCAAGACCUCGCUCACCCGCGGCCGGGGAGGCCGCGGUCUACGAGGCCGAGGACGGGGCAGUACAGGGACCAGCAGAAGCAGUAAGACAUCUGGUCCGCGGGGGGGGAAACGGCCUGCUCCAGGGUCAGCUAAUGAUGAGACACGAAUUUGGGAUACGCCUUCGGUUGGAGCCGGUUCAGGGGUUGUGGCUGGAGGGCGACGAGGGAGUGCCGAGUUUGCAGGCGGCGGGACGGUGGAGAGGAUUGAGGCUGAGAGUGGGAGGACGUCGCCUAAGAGGCCUAGGGGGAGUUGA